AGUCGGGGUUCAGCCGUGGUAGUGAUCGGGUGUCCUUAGCAAGCCUCUCUCGUGCCGAGUGCGUCUCGUGGUUAAGAGUUCUGACUAGCCAGUCCUAGCGAGGCUGCGGCUUGAAGUAGCCAGAGCGAUGUGACCCCAUAAAAAUCAUCUGACUCGGGACCUUAGAGACUUUUAAAGACGUCCGCCCGCCCCGGUGUGGUUCGGCGACCGAAAAAGGACCCCAUUUGACUGAGGGGUAAUUCACCGCCAAGAGCCGAAUCUUCACGUCACUCUCGCUCCUACGAGCUGGCAGUCAAGAUGAGCAGGAGCUGGGUUCUCCUCGCCUUUGUGUGGAUGUCUGUGGUGCUGCCAUCUAGUGACAGUGUGGACGAUAUCUCCGGGGAUUACACCGGGUAUGGGUCACUUGUGCGCGUGCGCCGAAAAGCCGCGGAUUCAACCCAGCUUUGGCCAGACGGCUUGGUGCCUUAUACCUUCUUAGAACCACAACCCAGCCGCAGCAUCAUCAUUUCCGGGCUGCGUCACUGGGAGACGCACACCUGCAUCAGAUUCAUGCCCGUGAACAACACCGCCUUUCCCCACCUGCAGUUCCGAAGACUCUCCGGCUGUCGUAGUGGCGUGGGCAUCGAGGGUACCAGCGGGCAGAACGUAUCCAUCGGAGACAAUUGCAACAAGCUGGGCAUCGUCGUCCACGAAAUAGGACAUGCCUUGGGGUUCUAUCACGAGAUUCGCCGACCAGACCGGGACGAUCAUGUGGUCAUCAACGAGAACAACAUCCUCAAGGAUGAGCUCUUCAACUUCUACAAACUGCACUGGCUCGACAUUUCCAUCAAGUACGACCUCUCUUCCGUCAUGCAUUACAACCCUUUGGAAUGGUCGUCAAAUGAACGCACAACCGUUGCGACCAAAGACCCAAUGCUUCAAGGUGUUAUUGGCAGAUGGAAACAGGAGUCUGACUUGGGUCUGUCUCACAGAGACAAACUACUUGCCAAUACCAUCUAUGGAUGCCUAGAUCGGUGGUUGGGAAAAUGUAACUUGAACCGGAAUCCUUGCAAGAAUGAAGGUUAUCUCAGUGAUACUUGUACUUGCAUCUGCGCACCUGGUACCACUGGAAGAACUUGUGAAACCACUAUAGGAGGCUACUAUGAUAGUCUCAAAUCACCAUGCAGCCAGGAAGUAAGCUAUUCAACCUACAUAUCAUCUCCUAAUUAUCCACUUAAUUAUGAUUCAGACACUUGGUGUGUCUACCGUCUGAAAGGUGAGGAGUGCCAGGCACCAGGGAUAGAGAUCAUUGAUUUCCAGCUGGGACCAAGAAGCCACAGAAACCAGUGCUUCCAUGAUUACUUGGAAAUUCGCAAUCAUACUCUUUACAAUGGUUUCAUAAAAUGUGGUACGGAUGUUGCAAGAGGCACCAAGUGGAUAUCAUCAGGAAGUACAAUGAUCCUGUAUUUCAAAGGAAGUGAGGGUGGAUACAGGGGCUUCAAGGCUAAAGUGGAAUUCAAUCCAAUACCAGGCUGCUGCAGAACCCAUACCAAUUCUUCAGCCUACUUCCUUCACACUCCAGGAUAUCCACAUCCCUAUUCUGGAGAUUUCAACUGUUCUUACAGCAUUACUGCAGAAGCACCUGCCAGAGUGGUAGUCACUGUAAUAAGAAAGAGUGGAUCGAAAACUGAUGAUCGUUGGACUUGUGCUCUUCAACUUUGUCAACCUCAUGGCCGUUGUCACAGCCAUUGCAAGGGUGUCAUUGCUGAUGGUUUCUCAAGACAUCUGCCAAAAGAAGUGAUUCUUCCUAAUGUAGCUUCAGUUCAUUACCUGCAGUACAGUGGAAAUGACUCACCCUUCAGUUCAGAAAAUGCAGCCUUUCAAGUUGGUUUCACCAUAGAGGACUCACCAUGUCACAGGGUCAUCAUUGUCAACCGGACAGAACCCCGUGGAUGGAUCACUGUUGGCCCACGCUUCUUUGAGUUACUUCAGUGCGAGUGGUGGUUUCAGGCACCAAGAGGAAGCCAUGUUAAGAUAACCAUGAAAGACUUGCAUCUACCUGUCCAUGAAGACUCCUACCUAGCAAUCAACGAAGCAGGAGAAGCCACAUAUCCAAAGGACACGACUCGUGUUUACCAUGAUUUUGAUCACACCCCAAAGACCUUUGUGUCGCUCGAGUACAAGCUGGCGAUUGUUUUACAAGGAGAUUUCAUAACAGAAGUCUCUUUUAAGUAUGAACUUUAUGACUGUGUAGACACAGAUGAUGAAUGUGAAUAUUGGGCAGCUAAUGACGAAUGUGACAAGAAUCCUUACUGGAUGAAGAAGAACUGCAAGAAGUCAUGUGCUGUGUGUGAAUACUCUGCAGUAUGUGAGGAUGACCACAAUGAAUGCGACUUUUGGGCAACUCACGAACAGUGCAAUGAAAACCGCAUUUGGAUGAACGCACACUGUAAGAAAUCCUGUGGAUAUUGUGACCUGUGCAGGGAUGCAAAUCCUCAGUGCCCAGAGUGGGCUGAGAUGGGUGACUGCAGAGGAAAUCCCAGUUACAUGGAUCAGUUUUGCAGGAAAUCUUGUGGCCUGUGUGGUAAUAUUGAAACUGCAACUACAGCUGUAAAAUCUACAGGAAAAGUCGGUGUCACAAGUACCUCUCACACUCCAAUAUCAACAACUGCCGACAAAGACAAAGAAACUAGCAGGCCUGAUAAUCACCGGACAAUUAAUCAGACGUUUAAGCUGAACAAACAUAAACUUAAAAGACACAGAAACAAGAGUGUCAAACCAAGCAAAGACAGAUUUAAGAAGUAUAAACAAAACAAUGUCAUGCUACCACCAUAUGGUGAAGAAAAUGAAGACAUUGAUUCUUUUGAAGUUAACAAGCUGGAUGAUGGUCUCAGUAAAGAAAAGAAUCUAAAGAAACCGUUUGAUACAGGAAGAACACCAAAGCUUAUGAAAAAGAAGAAGAAGAAGAAGAACGUCACUGCUAGCAUUUCAGAAGAGCACCAGAAACCUAAAUCUCAUAGAAGCAGAACAUCUCCGCCUAAUACACAAAUAGGAAAUUACAGAAAUAAAAAGAGGAAAUAUAAGGUAAUUACUGAGUCUCCAGGAAAGAAUCAAACAGAAGAUAAGGAUUCUGUUGUUUCAGGAGAUGCCACAAGACUUGUUGCUCUGCCACUGACUCGGGAGAGAAAUGAAUCAGAACUCCAGGGGAAACCAAUCUUACCCCUGAAUUCAUCAGAGGAUGCCAGUAAGACAAAUGAUACACAAGGGGGAGAGAUUUUAGUAAGAAUAUUGUCCAGUGAUGAGAGAGUUAGGCAAAAUGAGUCUGAUGUGGGUUGCCAUGAAGAAAGCAAUUGCUUCAGUCCUCAGAUAGAACACCCACUUCCUGACAGUAAGCAAAUUAGUCAAACAGAUAAUAAGAUACUGAAAAUCAACAAUAAAAUUUUUGUUGGAAAUCCCAGGAAACUCAACCGUACAAAUAUUUCCUCAAAGAAAAUAAGAAAAAAUAAAUCUGCUGUCAAGAAACGAAAUAGGAAUAAGAAGAAAAAGAAAAGGUGCAGGAAAAAUAGAGGCCCACGAAAGCUCUCUCUUCCUAAUAAAAUUGUAAGAAAUGAUACGCAAAAGUACAUACGGAAAAAUUCAAGACGCCGCUCAAAACCUAUGAAUAACCAGAAUGAAAGGAAGAGAAGACGGAAAAGUAAGCCUGGAGACAAAGGACGUAACAAAGGCUACUGCAGAGGAUCAAGAAAACAGUCUGGAAGGCAUCACAAAAAGACUCAUGGAAGUGGUCACACAAAAUCGGAUGAAUCAAAUCAAACAGCAACUUGGUCUAUUGAAAAUAUCUCUACCACUGUAAGAAACAAUGAAACUGUUGAUCCACCAAUAGUCACCACAAGAUUACCAUAUAUCCCACAACCCACAUCAUCUAUUCCUUUGACAACCAGUGAAGUGACUUUGGAAGAGUCUGUUACAACCACAGAAUUAGUAGAAGUAACAACCACUGAAACCCCAGCAAAUAACUUCAUAACCACUCCAGCUACAUUACAUUCAAGCACAAUUAUGUCAGUGCCAAGAACUUCUCUAGCCAGUACAACAGCUGCUACAGUUGCUAUUAGUACUACAGAAGCAAGUAGCAUCCACUCAACCCUACCAAUAGACAGAACCAGUCCAAAUGUUUCAAAAAGUAGCCAUUAUAACAAAGAAAAUAAUUCAAUAUUUUCUGACGUAAGUUUGAAUGCAACAAGUCCCCACAGAAAAAGGAAAGACAAACACCAUAGCAGACUAAACAUAGGACGCAAUAAUAAGAAAUCUCAAAGUCAACAGAAGCACAAAGGGCCUAAUUUGAAUCGAAGUUCCAGGAGGAAUGGUAAAAGAAAUCAAAAUACAAAGCAAAAACGAGGUCAGUGGCUAAAUAAAACAAGGCACAGAAAGGUGUUUCCAAAAGCAAAUUAUACCCGGAAGUGGAACAAGCAAUCACGGUGGCUUAAGAGAAGAAAAAAGCAAAGGCUGAGAAAGGGGACACGUGAUAAUCCUGACCCAUCCCACGGUCUGAAGAAUAAAGUGAACCAUGUAAAAGAUAGAAAUUACCUAAAAAAACAUCAGAAUAAAUCUUUGCCUCGUCAAAAGAAACUUUACUCACCUGGAGGAGCCCUCUCCACUGCCUCUCCACCAGCACCCUCAAGUACUUCCAGCAUUCCAUCUCCAGAAGAGAUGAUGAUCAUGAGAACACCUAAUACACAAACAGAAGUGAGUACUGAGCUUCAUGCAAUGCUGAAAACUGAACCAGAAGUAGAAAAUCAAAUUAGAGAUUAUGGAAUAAUAAUUCCUGUGAGCAAAACAGAGGAUGACAAAAUAAUGAGCACUGGAUCUCAAGAAGACGAAUUGGAAAGUGACCAGAUGGAUGGGCCUCCUCAAAGAACUCCCAAAAAAUAUGCCGAGUGGGGUAUUGGGCCUGUAAAAUCUCCUCAUAACACAGGUCUCAGAGCUCGUCCCAAAUGGAAGUACCGAAGAUCUUUUUAUAGAAGAGAUCAUAUCUAUGAAGAUAUUUGGCCAUUAUUUGAUGGCACUGCGUAUGGAAAGAAGAGGUGACAUUGAAAUCAGAUCUGCUCUUCAGCAUCAACUAAAUUUUUACCAUGUAUUGUGUAAUUUCAUUUGUAUGGUUUUAUCUGAACCAUUCAGAUAAAGAUGUCUCUCUCUCUCUCUCUCUCUCUCUCUAUCUC